UGAUUAACCCCUGGUAUGCCGGGAGCCUGCAGGCUGUGUAUGGAGCGAUUACUAAGGUUACUGACUAUUAUCAUUCAUGGAGCGCCUGCAUAUACCGCAGUGUAGAGAGCAAUAUGUACAGUGUGCUCUUGAGACGUGUAAUAAUGGUAUUUAUUGCUCAGUGCAAGGUGGCUGUGACUGUGCUGUACAGGGAGACCAUACAGCCUGCCAUUCAUUUAUUAAUAGUAUGUGUGUCUGUGUAAAGUGUAUCACUGUGCAUGGUGUACUGUAAGUGGUUGUGGUGUGAGCUACAGUGUCUAGUUCCCCAUGCUGUGCAGACUGUUUGGGUUUAAUACCAAGUGUUAGUAGUAAGGGGCAUUUUCUUGGGUUAUGUUCUCAGUUUAGUAUUAUUACAUUGGUUUCCUUAGCUGGCUAUGUGCUCGAAUGUUGCAGAUUUUAAAAGGUUUGUAGCAGUUUGUUUAUCAGCAUUAGCUGAAAGAGCAACUGGGUUUCAAGCAAAAUCAGAUUCAUUUUUUUUAAUCUUUUAAUGUUGGUCUGUGCUGUUGAUAUUGGGGGAUUGCUUAAUAGGUCCUGAAUUAAACGGCAUGUGUGCUUUUGAAUCUGAAAGAGCUUUUAAUAUAAUCUAUGUGGUCCUUUUACCAUUCCAAUGGCUUGUGCUUGUUUAGAAACUCCAAAGUUGUUUUUGAGGGGGGUUUUUUUGUCUUUCUGUCGCCUUUUUCAAAAGUAAAAUUGAACUUUUGGUGACAUUUUCAGCUGCAAUGAUGACUAUCUUAGGACACCUUUGGAUAAAAACAUGAAAAUAUCUUUAAUUUCUGAGCAGCUGUAAUAGAUUCAGGUAAUUUUGUCAAGUCCAUGACAGUGUUUUGAUGGUUUGUGGUUUAUUUUUAUUUUCUCUCCAUUCUCUUGUCUAGUUAAUCUCUGAAAAUGGUCCGCUACUCUCUUGACCCGGAAAACCCCACAAAAUGUAAGUAACGUCUACAUGCAACAAUGUCUAGGAUUUUAGAUUCAAACAUACAUGUUAAAUAACUUUUUUCCCUUUUUAAAAAAAUAUAUAUUUGUAUAUCUUUUUUUUUUUCAGCAUGCAAGGCAAGGGGUUCCAAUCUCAGAGUGCACUUUAAGGUAAAUUCAAAGUCUUGCUUUUAAAAAAGAUAAUUCCAGCUUUUACUCUGUUAUAUGCUGCAGUGAUGUUUUCUUAGGACACCUUUGGAUUAAUCAUGAAAAUAAUAAGAUUUCUGAGCAGCAACUACACUUGAAUUAUGAAUGUAUUCUACCAGACAUGAGCAGGGCCGCCUUGUCCUCUUAUCUGCUAUGUUCCGUAUGUAAAUUUACAUGUCAAAUACCCCCAUUUUGUGAUUUUGAAUAGCGCUCUGAAAUAUGUUGGUGCUAUAUAAAUAGUAAUGGGCAAACCUAAAGAAUGUGCAGAGAAUUUACAUUAGCCGGCCGGAACUCUCAUGUUGGGCAGGCUAGUGAUUAUCCUGGAGUUACACCUCCAGCAGCUAGCCUAAAUAUUUCUGUUCAUACAGUGUGUCAUAAUGAAAAGCUACACAUAGACUCCAAACACCAUGACCACUGAACUGCUCAUUUUGCUUGGAGUAACGCUUUAAGCAUCGUUUCAGUAGUUAUGUAUGAUUGCAAAUUAAAUCCCAUAAGUGUUUCUAUUCGUAUUAAGUGGCUUGUAUUUGCAUACCAGGUGCUGAUGUUUGUACACUGAAUCGGAAGCAGUAUUAUGCAUUUUAACUUUUUUAGUUUUGUUCAGAAUCAAAUCUUAGAUGUACAUAUAACUGCUAGAAUUGUGACCAUGUAAUUUCUCAUUUAUUAACGGUAUUUAUUUUAAUGUCAAUUUGCAGAAUUUUGGAUAAAGUAACUAAGUAUUUUGCAAUAAUCUUCCAAAUUUCUGUAGCUUUGCUGUUUUUGCCUCAAUACUACAAUUAUGAGUUUAAACACCUUGGAGCAGGGCUCAAAAUUUUCACUAGCUGUUGGCAAGUGACAAUUUAUCCCUGGUGCGUCUACUAAUGCAUGCAGUGGAAAGUAUCCUUUUAAGGCCUGAGUAGUAAAAUCAGACUUUAAAUUGUAAUCCCUGCCUUGGAGCAAAAAACUCUAAAUUAGAAAACGGCCAUUCAUGGACGUUUUGUGGAUACAUGAGCAAAGCACCUAAAGGGACACUGCUCAUCAGAACCAUUACAGCUUAAUGUGUUGGUUCUGGUGUCUGUAGCAUGUCCCGGCAGGCAUUUCAAUGUAAAGGCUGCCUUUUCAGAGAAAAGUGGUCUUUACAUUGCUGCCUAGUAACUCCUGAGUCACUUUAGUGACAGUGACUCAGAUGGCCACUAGAGGUGCUUCCUAUUUCUGGUGUUUAGCGUCCCCAUGCUCUGCAUGAAGACGCUGAGCGGUCCCCAUAGGUUCAUUGAUGCAAAAUAGCCUCAAAUUGUUUUCCUAUAGGAAAGUAUUGGAUUGGUUGAGGUCAUAAAGAUUGAUCUCAGCCAGCCAUGGAAUGGGACUCGCUGUGGCAAAACCAGCGCCGCAACGGAGAAAAUGUUCGGAAAUCUUGCCUUUUAAUGCACUGGGAGGGGUAACUAUAGUGUUAGGAAUACAUGUUUGUAUUCCUAACACUAUAGUGUUCCUUUAAAGUAAUUAGGUUAUUUUGAUGAGGUGUAAUUGCAAAAGUUUAGAAUUCGACUUUAGACAAUACAUGGUUUCUAUUUAGUCUGAGUUGCUUUACGAAGAGUCCUUUAUUUUUCCUAGAACACUCGUGAGACGGCUCAAGCUAUCAAGGGCAUGCACAUCCGUAAAGCCACUAAAUUCUUAAAAGAUGUCACCAUUAAGAAGCAGUGUGUUCCUUUCCGUCGUUACAAUGGUGGUGUUGGCAGAUGUGCCCAGGUGAGUGUUGUGGUUUUUUUUUUUAUUGGGGUUGUCUCCAUACCUUAAGAUUCAUGUGUCAUUUCUUGUCUGAGUGCUUUAUAGUAAAAUGGUUGCUAUGAUGACUAUCUUAGGACACCUUUGGAUUACCCAUGAAAAGAAAUACUAUGUUCUGAGCAACUUUGAUUUCUUUUUAAUAUUUGUGUUUUAUUGCUUUGUAUAAAAAAAAAUAACUUAUGAUUAUGAACUUUCAGUUAACGCUGCUUAGCUCAGAGCUUGCAUUUCAGGAUAUCCCUGAGUAAAUCUAAGGAUAUCAUCCUAAGCAAUUUGCCUACAAUGUGUUUCUGGAGAUUCUAGAAUGCAGGCCUCUGUGAGCAUCUCUGAAGACAUUAUAUUCCAUGCUAUUAUACAAGAUGGAUUCAUACCUUCUUGUUUCCAUCUGCAGUUUUAAAUUAAUUUUGAAGUUCAUUUUGGCAUAUUCAUGUUUACAUUAAAGUGUAAUUGCCAAAAUACCCCAAACUGAAAAUAUAGUUGACUGACAUUUUUCCAAUUCAACUUAAAUUCACACUUUAAUGAAUAAACCAAAUUGUUCUUUACAUCUUGCUUUGGGGGUGGUGGGUUUGUUUUUUCUUUACCACCUGAAAUGUUUAAAUAUAUUUUUUUUUAUUCUUUUUAUGCGCACAGGCCAAACAAUGGAACUGGACACAGGGACGUUGGCCUAAAAAGAGUGCAGACUUCCUCUUGCACAUGUUGAAAAAUGCAGAGAGCAAUGCAGAGCUCAAGGUAUAUCUUUAAUACAUGAGUGUCUUUGAAGAUUUUACUCUUCAAGUGUCUGACCUAAAGCUCUCUAGUGGUCCUGUCAUGUUUUCUUCAGCUCUUGCUGCUUUAUCUGCCAGGAACCCACAUCACUGUGGGAUGGGUGACUUGUCAAAGGAUGGUGGCAAUGAUGACUAUCUUAGGACACCUUUGGAUUUAAACAUGAAACAAAUAUUUAAUCUGAGCCACCUGAGCUGAAUAGCAUUUACUUGUUUAUUUAGUGAGAGGUAUACUUUGCCUAUAUUAUAUUGUUUGUUGCUGUAAUUAGCUAGGGUAAUACUUUGAGUGUAAAACGCUUAUUUUAAGGUGGCCAAAGGCAAUUUCCCUUUAUAUCUAACUAAAAGAUUAGUAAAUCUUCCUGGUAGGUCAUUUUGCGACCCGAGUUGUACAGUGUGAUUUAUUGGUACCAAUUGAUUCCCUCCUUUGCUCAUUAUGGUGGCCAAGCAUAGAAGGCUAAAAUCUGUGCAUAUUGGCACCUGGGGAACAACUUAGAUGUUAAAAUAUUCAAAAACCAUUUAACACUCUGCUGCUAGGAACCUGGCCCUUUAAACCACUACAUGAAUAUUUAUUUAUUUUUUCUUUAAGGAGAAAGUGUCUCUUUAAUUUAUUUAUUUGGAUACCAUAGGAACUAUAUUGUGUAACUCACGGCCAAAAACUAAAUCUAAAUUGUGUCAAAUUUUUCUUUAUUUUUCAAUUUUAAGGUGAGGUAUAGGGUACAGAAUAAAGGAGGGGAUGUGGUGGUAGUCACAUCCAUUAAUUUGCAAUUCUUAUUACAUUUUAUCAACAACAUUGUGGUUUAUAGCGAGACCUCAUUUUAGCACUCUGGGUUGAGUGGCUUGAGUUUCUGUUCUGUGCGUCUCGUGUGGUGCAAAUCUAGGUUUUAAUUGUUCUGAUUUAUUAUUUAGUUUGGCCACCAAAAUAUUUGAAGUAGAGUAUAGAAAGACACCACAUUGUUAUUUAGAAACAAACAUGUAGAACAGUCUAGACUUGACAGAAAACUCUGAGAUUUGGUGGAAAUGUAGAUUACGACGACCUGCAGAGUUAAAUCGGUUUUGCUAAGAUUUGUUGAUUGACUGGAAAGCGCAAAAUGUAUAUAUCUGCUCUCUUGGCUUUGACUGGAAAUUUAGUUUUGGCUAGGAAUCUUUUAAACAUGAAAAGAUUAUUUAAAGGGACACUAUAGUCACCAGAACUACAGCCUAAUGUAGUUCUGGUGAGUAUUUUAGUUCCCUUCAGACUUUCUUCAUGCAGACACUGCUUUUUCAUAGAAAAGGCAGUGUUUACAUUGCCUCUAGGGACACAUCCAAGUGGCCACUCCUUAGAUGGCCACUGGAGGUGCUUCCUGGGUCAGUGCUGCCGAAAAAGCAGCCCUGACAUUCAGCGUCCCCACGCUCUGCAUGGAGACGCUGAAUUUUCCUCAUAGAGAUGCGAUGAUUCAAUGCAUGUCUAUGAGGAGGUCCUGAUUGGCCGAAAUGGCAUUUGGCCCGCCCCGUGCUGAUUUUAGCCAAUCCAGUGCUUUCCCUAUUUUAGAUUGGCUAGAAAUCGGCCAUUUUGAUGACGCAAAGGAGGCGUGGCCAGUGCCAGCGGACCCACACAGCGCAUGGAAAUAAGGGAAGUUUUAAACUUUAUAGUGGGGCUAAUGGAGGGCAAGCCACCUAAAUAGUGGGUUAAAGUGUGUUCCUGACCCUAUAGUGUUCCUGUAAUAUGAGUCACUGUUGUGUAUUAUAUUCCCCUAUUUUAGUUACAGGUGACAAUUGCCAGAACAAUUUAGUUGAACAUGUAUCCAUAUAAGAUGCAUUGCUUUAAGUGUUUGCUUAUUUUAAAAUAAAAAAAUGUGCAAAAGCUGACUGCCACAUUCGCAGUGAGAUGGGCUUCUAGUGUAAGGGUGUACAAAAUUUGUACUGCCACAGGACAACCAUAAAAUUCCUCCUUUUGUCAAUAAUGGGAAAAGGCACACACUUCUGUCAGAAUUGUGCAAGGAAACUGAUCUCCCUACACUAUAACCUAUACUACAAUAAUAGCUUGUUACUGUGGUUUACAGAUUUACUUUACAGUCUUUACAUGAUUGCACUGGAUGCUUCAAAAAUAUUUUUGUUCUGUUUGUAGGGUUUGGAUGUUGAUUCCUUGGUCAUUGAGCACAUUCAGGUCAACAAGGCCCCCAAGAUGCGCAGGCGUACAUACCGUGCUCAUGGACGCAUCAACCCUUACAUGAGCUCACCAUGCCACAUCGAGAUGAUUUUAACAGAAAAGGAGCAGAUUGUCCCAAAACCUGAAGAGGAGUUGGCUCAAAAGAAAAAGGUGAGUUAUCCCACUAUUUUCUGGACUGUCCACUUUGGGAUGGGUGACUUGUUGUCAAAGGAUGGUGGCAAUGAUGACUAUCUUAGGACACCUUUGGAUUUAAACAUGAAACAAAUAUUUAAUCUGAGCCACCUGAGCUGAGUAGGAUUUACUUGUUUAUUUAGUGAGAGGUAUACUUUGCCUAUAUUAUAUUGUUUGUUGCUGUAAUUAGCUAGGGUAAUACUUGGAGUGUAAAACACUUAUUUUAAGGUGGCCAAAGGCAAUUUCCAUUGAUAUCAAACUACAAGAGUAGUAAAUCAUCCUGGUAGUCUUGAUCACAUAUAGGUGAUUUUGCAUUUUGCCACCCAAGUUGUACUGCAUAAAAACAUGAUCAUGUAUUCUGGGACAAUUUUCCAUCUGGACUCUAGUCAUUGGUGAAUAGAAAUUCACCCCUGGUGAAUGUAACAUGGGCCCUCUGACAUGCAGUGACAACUUGCAGUAUACCACUUCAGCUUGCUGUAGCCCACCUUAAAGGACCACUCUAGGCACCCAGACCACUUCAGCUUAAUGAAGUGGUCUGGGUGCCUGGUCCAGCUAGGGUUAACCCAUUUUUUUUAUAAACAUAGCAGUUUCAGAGAAACUGCUAUGUUUGUGAAUGGGUUGCCUUCCCCCAAAGCCUCUAGCGGCUGUGCGGCUCAUUGACAGCCACUAGAGGUGCUUGCGUGCUUCUCACUGUGAAAAUCAGUGAGAGCACGCAAGCGUCCAUAGGAAAGCAUUGAUAAUGCUUUCCUAUGCGACCGGGUGCGCGCGUAGCUCUUGCCGCACGUGCGCAUGCAGCCGACGAGGAGGAGAGCUCCCCACCCGGCGCUGGAAAAAGCGAAGUUUAACCCUUUUUCCCCUUUCCAGAGCCCGGCGGGAGGGGGUCCCUGAGGGUGGGGGCACCCUCAGGGCACUAUAGUGCCAGGAAAACGUGUUUUCCUGGCACUAUAGUGGUCCUUUAAACUUCUCAAUUUAUUAAUUUGACUGCCAAUGGGGCUCUUUUAUUCUCCUACAUGUUUAUUGCACAACUAAAUAUUUUCCGGCAUUUAAUCUUGAUAUCAAAGACUUUACCCAGAACUAUAUUAUUUGUUUAAAUUUUGUAGAUUUUACACAUUAUCACUAGCUUUAUGCAAGUCAAGCAGCUUUAUAGAAUAUUUGUAUAGCUAUGAUGUGUGUGUGCCAGGAUCUUCAUUAUAUUGUACUUAAAUGUAUUUUAUAGAUUUAAAUAUGACCCAAAGCAAAGUAUUUUUUAACUGAAUCCUUUUUUUGUUUUUUUUGUUUUUUUAGAUCUCCCAGAAAAAACUGAAAAAGCAGAAGCUCAUGGCUCGGGAGUAAAGUUUCUCUGAUGUACAGAAAUAAACUAAAACAGUCAAAACAUUAUUUGUAUGGUCCUUUUUCUAAUCAAUAGCACUAAAGUGUUUCU